ACGGUCUGCUGAGGACGGGGUGAGCCGGGCGCGAACCCCCAGGCCCGGGUGGCUUCAGCGACCCGCGCGGUUUGGCAAAGAAACAUGGCCGCCCUGACAACAGUCGUGGUGGCGGCGGCGGCCACCGCGGUAGCCGGAGCUGUGGCGGGGGCGGGCGCGGCCACCGGGACCAGCGUGGGAGCGGCGCCGGCGCCGCAACAGAAUGAUGGCUGUUUUAGUGCUACAGGUGGAAUUCGUCCUUUUCAUCUUCAAAACUGGAAGCAAAAAGUUAGUCGGACUAAGAAAGCAGAAUUCAUACGCACAGCAGAAAAAUUUAAAACUCAAGUUAUUAACAUAGAAAAAGAUAAACAUAGUCAUUUCUACAACCAAAAAAGUGACUUCAGAAUUGAACAUAGUAUGCUGGAAGAAUUGGAAAAUAAACUGAUUGACAGCAGGAAAACAGAAAGAGCAAAAAUCCAGCAACAGUUGGCCAAAAUUCAUAACAAUGUAAAGAAACUUCAGCAUCAGUUGAAAGAUGUGAAGCCUACACCUGAUUUUGUUGAAAAGCUCAGAGAAAUGAUGGAAGAAAUUGAAAAUGCAAUUAACACUUUUAAAGAAGAGCAGAGGUUAAUAUACGAAGAGCUUAUUAAGGAAGAGAAAACAACUAAUAAUGAGUUGAGUGCCAUAUCAAGAAAAAUUGACACAUGGGCUUUGGGUAAUUCAGAAACAGAGAAAGCUUUCAGAGCAAUCUCAAGCAAAGUUCCAGUAGACAAAGUAACAUCAAGUACUCUUCCAGAAGAAGUACUAGAUUUUGAAAAAUUCCUUCAGCAAACGGGAGGGCGACAAGGAGGCUGGGAUGAUUAUGAUCACCAGAACUUUGUAAAGGUGAGGAACAAACAUAAAGGGAAGCCAACAUUUAUGGGAGAAGUUGUAGAACACCUGCCUGGAAAAACACAGGAUGAAGUUCAACAGCAUGAGAAAUGGUAUCAAAAAUUUCUGGCUCUAGAAGAAAGAAAAAAAGAGUCUAUUCAGAAUUGGAAAACUAAAAAGCAGCAAAAAAAGGAAAUUUUUAAGUUAAAGGAAAAGACAGACAACAUACCUAUGCUUUUUCAUAAUAAACAAGAAGAUAAUCAAAAGCAAAAAGAAGAACAAAGAAAGAAACAGAAAUUGGCAGUUGAAGCUUGGAAAAAACAGAGAAGUAUAGAAAUGUCAAUGAAAUACGCUUCCCAGUUAAAAGAAGAGGAAGAAAAAGAGAAAAAGCAACAGAAAGAGCGCCAACGCCAGUUUAAACUAAAAUUACUACUAGAAAGUUACACCCAACAGAAGAAAGAACAGGAAGAAUUUCUGAGGCUUGAAAAGGAGAUAAGGGAAAAAGCCAAAAAGGCAGAAAAAAGGAAAACUGCUGCUGAUGAAAUUUCUAGGUUUCAAGAAAGAGAUUUACAUAAACUUGAAUUGAAAAUUCUAGAUAGACAGGCAAAAGAAGAUGAAAAGGCAGAAAAACAAAGACGACUGGCAAAAUUAAAAGAAAAGGUUGAAAACAAUGUUAGUAGAGAUCCCUCUAGACUUUACAAACCUACCAAAGGUUGGGAAGAACGAAACAAAAAGAUAGGGCCAACAGGCUCUGGGCCACUUCUGCAUAUCCCACAUAGGGCUAUUCCAACCUGGAGACAAGGAGUAUAGAGAAGACUAUGGGAUAAUGAAAUGAAAUUGCUAUUCCUUUGAUGAGAAUGUUAGCAUACUUGGUCAUACCAGGAAAGAAUGAAUAACCAUGUUCUUUAUUUUUUUUAUUAUUUUUUGUUUUUAAAAGAUGACCGGUAAGGGGGUCUUAACCCUUGACUUGGUGUUGUCAGCACCACGCUAUCCCACGUGAGCUGACCAGCCAUUCCUAUAUAGGGAUCCGAACCCGUGGCCUUGGUGUUAUCAGCACCACACUCUCCCAAGUGAGCCACAGGCCGGCCCUUAACCGUGUUCUUUAAAUAUCACUCGCCUAGUAAGAUUGAUUAUUGUGCUGUAUGUGAAUGGAGAGGUAUUAAGUUUCAUGCAGCAUUGUCACUAAUAUUUCCCGUUUCUACUAAGAGGAUAUUUAACGUUUAUG